UCGGCCGUUCGUUCGACGCUCCCAAAUUCUUCUCGCGAACCAGCAGCGGCGGAGGCCGAGCACAAGCAGUAGCUGCCGGCGGCGGCGAGGGAGAGGAGAGCCAAAGAUGUCGUACCUGCUGCCGCAUCUGCACUCGGGGUGGGCGGUGGACCAGGCCAUCCUCGCCGAGGAGGAGCGCCUCGUCAUCAUCCGCUUCGGCCACGACUGGGACGAGACCUGCAUGCAGAUGGAUGAAGUGCUGGCGUCAGUAGCCGAGACAAUAAAGAACUUUGCUGUUAUCUACCUUGUCGACAUCACCGAGGUUCCUGACUUCAACACUAUGUACGAGCUGUACGAUCCGUCGACAGUGAUGUUUUUCUUCAGGAACAAGCACAUCAUGAUUGAUCUUGGGACAGGAAACAAUAACAAGAUCAACUGGGCCAUGAAGGACAAGCAGGAGUUCGUUGACAUUGUGGAGACUGUCUACAGGGGCGCACGCAAGGGCCGUGGUCUGGUGAUUGCUCCAAAGGAUUACUCCACCAAAUACCGUUACUAAGGCAUUUGUGGUUGCUAUUGCUGUGUAAUUUGUAACCUACCAUAUUCGGCAAAUGCCAGCACUCGGACAUGUGACCCGUAAUUCAAAGGUUCCAAAUUUGCCGAGUGUUGCCUACCUAUUUCUUGACAUCUCAUAAAAUUGUAACCCGUGAGUUGAUUGAUCGAAUCUCAAAACCGAAUAUAUGUUGUCUUUUGACGUCAAGAAAUGUGGAGUAAUGCCUAUCGAUUCAUAA